UAGGUUCGGGUCAGUUCCAUUUCUCAGCCGCAUUGGCUAGGGUUUUCCUUCUGUACUUGCUAUCUUCAUUUUGCUCUCGAUUCCUUUCCAUUUUCUGACAUCCCGAACACUGUUCUCUGCUUAAUCUCUGAUCUAUUAUCAUCAUUAUUCAUGGACUUAAGUAAGUUAUAGGGGUUUCGUGGUUGCUAUUCGCAGUUUCUUUUGAAGGUUGAUUUUUGUGUGUAUCUUUGUGGCUCUAACACUCUGUGAGCUUCAAAAGAAUGGCAACCAUGAACCCUUUUGACCUCCUCAACGAUGACGUUGAUGGCAACGAGGACCCCACUCAACUCAUCGCGGCGGCACAGAAGGUGGAGAAGACCAAGAAGCCGGCUCCUAUCACUCAGGUCAACACUGCUAAGCCAGCUAAGUUGCCCACCAAGCCGCCCCCUCCAUCUCAAGCUGUGAGGGAGGCAAAGACUGAUCCUGGCCGUGGUGGUGGACGUGGUGGUAGAUUUUAUCGAGAUUCAAGCAAUAAUAAGAGUAGCUUUGGCAACAACAACAGCUCUGUCAGAGGAUACAGACCUUCAGAAGAGGGGGAUUCAGAGAAGCCCUCUGAAAGGCGCGAGCCCUCUGAAAGACGUGGCUAUAGCACGCCUCGUGGCUCUUUCCGUGGGGGUCGUCGCGGUGGUUUUAACAAUGGAGAAGCUGGAGAAGGGGAGCGUCCUCGCAGGAUAUAUGAACGUCGCAGUGGGACUGGACACGGGAAUGAGUUCAAACGUGAUGGGGCUGGUCGUGGUAACUGGGGAACAGCUUCUGAUGAAAUUUCUCCUGACGCUGAAGAACCUACAGUUGAAACUGAGAAGAAGGUCAUUGCUGAGAAGCAGUCCGGAGAGGAAGGUGCUGCUGAUGUUAAGAAGGAGAAUCCUGUGGAUGAGCCAGAAGAGAAAGAGCCAGACGAGAAGGAGAUGACUUUGGAGGAGUAUGAGAAGCUAUUGGAAGAGAAGAGAAAGACUCUACUUGCUCUCAAGACUGAGGAAAGGAAAGUUGAUGCAGACAAAGAGUUUGGGUCCAUGCAACCGCUUUCAAAUAAGAAGAAUAAUGUUGAUGUUUUCAUCAAACUGGGUUCUGAGAAGGACAAACGUAAAGACGCUGCUGAUAAGGAAGAGAAAGUCAAGAAGUCUGUAAGCAUCAAUGAGUUUCUGAAGCCUGCUGAAGGAGAGAGGUCCUACAAUCCUGGUGGUCGUGGCCGAGGGCGGGGUCGUAGAGGUGGCUUUGGAGGAGGCAGCUUCCCUAGCAAUGUUGGAGCUCCUUCAAUUGAGGAUCCUGGGCAUUUUCCUUCUUUGGGUGCUAAGUGAAAAUUUAUGAAUGCUGCAUCAGAAAUUCCUUGUGAUCUAUCCAGAGUUUUAAGUCAACAUUUAUCAACAGGAAUGGUGUCCUGUGUUGAAGAACUGGUUUUAAGUUUGUGGGUGUAUAUUUUAGAUAUCCUUCCUAGCUGUGAAUGCCUGGGGAUAUCUUCCUGACAUGCAUUGUUAUUGUUACUCUUUAUAUAUUCAAUUAGGUCACAUUGGGAUCGUCAUUCUCUCUCAAAGUUUGUAGCAGUGGCUUCAGUUUUGUUUUGUUGUAGGUUGAAUAAUUGCUCAGCUUUUAUCUAAUUUUUGUGUUGAAUGACUUUUAA